GGAAGCCAAGAAACCUGUCUGCAAAAACAAGAACAGAUUCCCCAAUGUACUUCCAUGUACAGGUGCUAAAUGAAAUGUCAGCGGCAGUCAACUGUGAGGAAGCCAAGAAACCUGUCUGCAAAAACAAGAACAGAUUCCCCAAUGUACUUCCAUGUACAGGCUGAUUGGUCCAUUGCUGAGAUGAAUGCUGAGAUUGGGGAGAGCCACACCUACCUCUACACAUCACAGACUGAUGAACAGGAAGCCAUGGCCAGGAUGCAACACAUGCGCUUUGCCUUGGAGCUUUCAAGCAUUGAAGGAACCAUAUGCGGCAACAGAACUCACUCAGGCCUGGCAAAUGGACCGAUGAUUGCAGUGAUUGCCGUUACCGCUGCUUAGUCCUCCUCAUUAUUGUCAUCAUCCUCAUCACUCUGGUCAUCAGAAAGGUCAAGGGUAAGAUGACGAGGAGCCAGUCCUCCUACCAGAUGACUACCGCCCUCCCCGCCCCCAAACCGGUGCUCCCAGGAUCGGCCCGGCAACGCCAGUGAUGAUAGUUUUUACGCUGCUGUGGGCGGGGCCACAGUAGAGUCCACCAUCAGUGCCAGUGAUGACAAUUGUUAUGCUGCUGUGGGCGGGGCAGCAGGUGGGGCCACAGCAGAGUCCACUAUCAAUGCCAGUGAUAACAAUUGUUACGCUGCUGUGGGCGGGCCAGUGGGUGGGGUCAUUACAGAGUUUACCAUCGACGCCAGUGAUGACAAUUGUUAUGCUGCUGUGGGCGGGGCAGCGGGUGGGGCCACAGCAGAGUCCACCAUCAAUGACAGU